AUGCAUCGUCUUUUUGCUGAGCUGGAGCCAUCUUUAACCGUCACAGAGCAAAACCUGGCAGACCGAGUUCGGUAUAUCUUGCGCUCAAAUAUAUUUGAUGUCGCCGAACUCGAACGGCUACGACGUGAGGCUGUUCCCUCGUCGGAUGAGAAUGCUACGGCUGAGGAUGCGGCGCCACAAAUGGUAGAGCAACCCGCAAACGUGGAUGCCGCCGUGAAUACCCCAGUUGUGGUUGAUUCAAACGAUGAUGGAACAGUCGCCCAGGAACUGGAAUUAGAGCAUAUGAGGAGUACAUUGGAAGAGGCGAUUGUGGAAACGCGCAGUACGCCUCUCGAAAAUCGACCGCGACUUCCCCGCAUAGCCCUAAGCAAGCGGAAUCGGGCUGUCGUGAGGGCUCUGAACCCAAUGCUGGUGACCUAUUUGGAAGCCAGCCGGGACCUUUGCGAGACGGACUCAAUUCUUUUUGGCGCCGCGCUGGCAGUCUGCCGUAUCAUAGGCGCCAAGGUUUCCACGGCUGGACGCGCUACUGGACAUAGUAGCGCUAUCCCAGCAUGGAGAAGAAGAAUUGAGGAACGUAUCGCAAAGGCUAGAGCUCUCAUCGGCAGACUGAUAUGCUUCAGAUCAGGCAACAACAGGCCAAGAAUUGUGCGCACCGUCAGGAUGGCGUUUGCUGGGACAAAUGUCAGUUUGUCCCAGCCGGAUAUAACGCAAAAACUGACGGAGCGCAUAGAUGAUCUGAAGCAGAGAAUCGCUGCUUGGGGAAAACGGAUUCGGCGAUAUACCGAGAGGUCGACACGGUUCAACCAGAAUCGUCUCUUCCAGAGUGAUCAGAAGAGGCUCUAUGAAUCAUUGGAGCGACCAAUGGUAAGUGGAACGGGUCCAGCACCGAAUCAGGCCGACACUGUAGCAUUCUGGCGCGGCCUGUGGUCAGAGCCCGUAAACCACAGCGAGGGCCCUUGGACGGAAGUUGUGGCGAGUCAGUGUGCGGGUAUUACGCCCAUGGACCCCGUCAUCAUAACGCCGGAUGACGUAGCUGAGGCGGUCCGUAGGGCCCCGAACUGGAAAAGUCCGGGGCUUGACGGGCUGCAUCACUACUGGCUGAAGGGGUUCAUGGUGUGUCACUCUGUGCUUGCCCGACAGUUUCAAGAGGCUCUCAACCAGAAGUCGCUCCCAAGCCUCUUCACUACUGGGAUCACUCAUUUGGUUCCUAAAGACCAGGUGUUCCCGAUCGUGGAUUCACUCACAGAAGAUUUCAGGUUAGCGAUAAGAGAAUAA